AUGGCUGGUCCGUUUUCUCGUUUUUCUCGGCUUGCUGUGCUCCCUCGUCGCUCUCUGCUCUUCGCCAUGUUCACCUGUGCGGCUAUACCCGCUGUUUUCACCUCCUCUCUUCGUUCUCUCUCCUCAGUGUCGAGCCUUGCAGCUUGCCCUGCUCUUCUCCCCCGACCUUGUUCUUCUCCCUCGCGCUCUUCCUCCCCGUCUCCCUCUCCCGCCGGUCUCGCUUUCUGCUCUCCUCCGGUCUCUCCUCUCUCUCCUCCGGUCUCUCCUCUCUCUCCUCCAGUCUCUCCUCUCUCUCCUCUCUCGUCUCUCUGUUCCUCUGCUCUCUUCUCUCCUUCUUCUCGCUCUGUCUCCAUGCAGUCUGCGCCUCUGGCUUCUUCUGUCGGCGCAGCUUCUGGGGACUCGGUCGUCUCCCCGCUGCUUCCGAGUUGCGGGGGACCGCGGAGAAACCUUUUCCGGUUUUUCGCGAGCUCGAGGUCGGAGUCUUCUCUCGGCGCUGCGGACGGAACGAAGGCAGCUGAGAAGGCGCCUUCUGCAGAGGCCUCCGGAGACGGCGCAGCGGGAGGGGGGGACGUGUACAGGCGCCUCGUCUCCGGGACUGAGGGUGAGAAGGACUUCCGAGUGCUUCUCUCGAAGAAGUCGGGAGAACGCCUCUCGCCUUGGCACGACAUCCCCCUCUUCCCGAACGGCCGAGACGCAAGGCCCCUGCUGUUCAACAUGGUUGUGGAGAUCCCCAAAAACACUCGAAGAAAAAUGGAAAUGCAACUCCGUCUCCCCUUCACUCCAAUCAUGCAAGACCUGAAAAAAGACGGCUCUCUGCGAGAAUAUGCGAGCACGCUUUACUGGAAUUACGGAGCGUUUCCUCAGACCUGGGAAGACCCGCGAGAGCCGGGAGGGAGAGAAGUUUUCCACGCGCGAGGCGACGGAGACCCUCUCGAUGUGGUUGAGAUCGGCAGUGAGGUUCUGCCGGUCGGAGGCGUCGUUCCCGUCAAGGUCCUGGGCGCUCUGGCGAUGAUCGACGGCGGGGAGCUGGACUGGAAAGUGCUCGCGAUUCGCGAGGGCGAUCCGCUUUUUUCUCAGUUGAACUCGGUCGCAGAUGUCGAGCGUCUGUGCCGCGGGGUCGUUCCGGGGAUUCGCGAGUGGUUUCGGUGGUACAAGUUACCGACAGACAACGUCGUCAAUCAGUUCGGCCAUGACGAAGCAGCCUUACCGGCAGCUGACGCCGAGCGCGUUGUCUACAGAGCCCACGAGCAUUACUUGCGUCUCCUCAGCGAGGAGCAUGAAGGCGAAGUAGAGGAGGGAGAAGCACUCAGAAAGGAAGACGAAAAAGAAAGUCACCGUCAAGAAGCGCGAGGGCGAAACGUCGCGGUUUACAUCGAGACUAAAGAGAGGCCCCCAGCGACCGGGGAGGCACCCGCAGACGCGCGGCAACGCGAGUCAGAAACAAAGGCGGGAGAGAAAGGAGAACAUGUGAGGAAGCAAAAGUUGUGGCUACCGUGA